AUGACUACUGAUGUUGCAUAUAAACAGAACGUGAACCAUAUCGAGAAUGUGUCCCACGCAGAGGAUGCUUUAUUUGAAUAUGAUGAGAUUCAAGAUCCUACUAGUAUCACAGAUGAGGAGAAGCGCCUCGUACGCAAGAUAGAUUGGAUCAUUCUACCUUGUCUAUCCGUGUGUUACAUCUUCUUCUAUAUUGACAAAACCACACUAUCCUACGCAGCAAUCUUUGGAAUUCAAGACAGUCUACAUCUUACCGGCAAUGAAUAUAGCUGGCUGUCCUCGAUUUUCUAUUUUGGCUUCUUGGCUUGGCAAUUACCGACAAAUCUUCUGAUGCAACGACUUCCCACCGCGACGUACUUGAGCAUGAACAUCAUUGCAUGGGGCGUUCUCCUUGCCCUACAAGCUGUUUCACCAAACUUCGCGACACUCGCCGUGCUCCGGGGGCUUAGUGGUGCUGCAGAGGCCUGUGCAGAUCCUUCUUUCAUGAUCGUCACCAGCAUGUGGUAUAAAAGAAGCGAGCAACCUAUCCGAAUUGGAAUCUGGUACUCGGCCCUAGGAUUAGGCAUUGCAGGUGGCGGUGUGCUUGGUUAUGGAAUUGGCCAGAUCAAAGGCUCCCUACCCAGUUGGAAGUAUGAGUUCAUUAUUAUUGGGGCUUUGUGUAUUGCAUGGGGCAUCGUCAUGCUCGCGGUGCUUCCCAACUCACCGAUCAGCACUCGCUAUCUUACGCCAGGACAACGAACAAUCAUGAUCAACCGGCUGCGAGAGAAUCAGACCGGAAUCGAGAACCGACAAUUCAAGAUGCAUCAGUUCCUUGAAGCCAUUACAGACGUCAAAGUGUUCCUAUUCUUUUUGAUUGCCUUCUUCCAGGCUGUUGUCAAUGGGGGCGUCACCAACUUUGGCACCAUCAUUAUUCAAGGAUUUGGCUUCUCAACUCUCGGCACCACAUUGCUCCAAAUCCCAUACGGAAUCUUUAUCUCUGUCGUCAUUCUAGUCUGUGUCUGGAUCAAUGCAAAAAUGCCCCCAAAUAGUAGAUGCCUCAUGCUCCUGAUCUUUCUGGCACCUAAUAUUGCUGCGGCUUUUGGCCUUUGCUUCGUGCCUCAGAGUGCUAAAGUUGGCCGUCUCAUAUGUUACUAUCUGACAGGUUCCUAUAACGCGUCGUUUGUGAUGCUAAUAUCGUUGACCACGACCAAUAUAGCAGGGCAUACGAAAAAGGUGACUUCCAGUGGUAUCCUCUUUAUUGGUUAUUGCGCAGGAAACAUUGCCGGUCCCUUCUUCUACAAAGAAAGUCAGAAGCCCAAUUACUCCCUUGGAAUAUGGAGCAUAGUUGUUUCGCACAUUUUGGAGGUUAUUUGUGUGGUCUUACUAUGGGUUUAUUUGAGGAGGGAGAACAAAAAGAGAGAUGCGAGCCAAAGAAUAAACGAAGAAGCUUCCAACCCGAAGCAUCUGCCGGGAACAUUGGAAGACAUCACUGACAAAGAGAACUCGAAUUUCCGUUACGUGUUUUAG